AUGCCUACUUUAUCAUCUGAAUUGUUUUGCUUCAUUCUUCUGGUGGUUGUGACCCUCACAGGAUUGGCAGGAAAUGGAUUUAUUGCUAUCGUUAACUGCAUUGACUGGAUUCGAAGCAGAAAACUAUCCCCAGCUGACAUGAUCCUGAGUUGUCUUAGUUUGUUCAGAUUUGCAUUUCUUGCUGUUGUGAUACAGACUGCAAUUCUUAUCCUCUUUUUCAAGGACACUCUUCAGAAGAGGGACCUAAGCACUGUAUACAAUGCCUCGUGGUUUUUUGUUAAUACUACUGAACUUUGGUUUGCCGCUUGGCUCAGUGUCUUGUACUGUGUAAAAAUUGCGAACUUCUCCCACCCUCUCUUCCUGGAAAUGAAGCGGAGAUUCCCUGGGUUGGUGCCUUGGCUGCUUCUGGAGACAGUGGUCUCCUCUGCAAUCAUCUCCACCAUCAAGGCAAUAAUGGGCAGUAGACUCUUGUCUGAAUGCAAGACAAUUGAACCACUUCUAAGCAAUAACACUGACUCGGGAAUGAAGACAUCUGACUUUUCGAGGGAUGUCAGCACAGAAGUUCACCUGAAUGCCAUCAAAGCUCUGGCUUCUUUCUGCAUUCUCUACGGAUCUAACUUUUUUGUGGGAAUUUUGGAAGCUGUCCUGGCCUGGAUGGACACUGUGGACCUUUGGGUAAAAAUAUUUUUUUAUAAUCUGAUUGCUGCAUGUUCCUCUGGCCAUGCCAUUAUCCUGAUCUUCAUGAAUCCCAAACAAAAAAAGGAAUCGAUUAACCUGGUCCCGGGGGCCAAGCUGCCGGUGGGGAAGCUGUAUUCCAUGUUGGAUCAAGAGAUGCGGGAGUUGAAAGACUUUAUUGACAAAAACUUAAAAAGGGGGUUCAUCAGGGAAUCCAAAGCUGUGGGUGGCAGCCCGGUGUUCUUUGUGGACAAGAAAGCGACGAGUGGCUGGUCGUGGAUUUCUGGGCCCUCAACUCCUUGA